UUAUACACUGAGCCGGAUGAUGUGUAUUUUCUUACAAGACUUUUUCUGUGAACUCUCGAGACUCAAUUUGAACUCUUAUAAGACAAUACUAAUAUUAUUUUUUUUUCCCCUUUUAAUUUUUAGAGGAUUAUUUUCGUCUGUAUUUUUGUUUUAAACUAGAAUUAUCUGUGAUUCCAGCGCCGUUUUCUUAUGUUUCAACAUAAAGGUUUGAAUAUUUUUUUUGAAUUCACUAUUAAAAUGGUAUCCACAAUUGCUUGUUAUAUGUUUUUCUUAGCAAAUCUAAUGUCUCAGUUAACACUGGGUGAGCUACACGAGGAAGAAGAGAUCGUGCCAGUAAACCUUGCAUUCAGAAAAGGUGUUUUUUGGAGAAAUGAAGAGAGACGGCUUUUUAAGAUCAAUGCAUUUGGUCAACUUUUCCUGCUUGACCUGACGCCGGAUAGCAAGUUCGUGUCUCCAUCAUUAAACGUCCAGCGCGUAAAGGCUAAACACCUUCCAGCCGUUCUGGACGCCUCCAGGAGCGGAGCUGUUUUCAGUGAUGUCACCCUGUACGGAGACAGCGGCGCGGACCUCAGAGACUGUUUCUACAAAGGAACGGUCAACUCUGAAAAGGAAUCGGUAGUUGCAGUCAGCUUAUGUCACGGCAUCCAGGGUACCUUCAUAACGCAAGGGGACGAGUACUUCAUUCAGCCUAAAGCAAGUGCCAAGACUGCCGGGGAAUCUUUUCUGCAGGUGCACGUGGUUAAGAGGCGAGCCUUCUCCAAAAAUCGAAGAGCGUCGAAUAUGCUCUUUGAUCAACAGAAAGUUGACAGUUUUGUGAAAAAGAGCAACCUUAACUCUAGUAAAUACGAAGAAAGCAAAGUGAAACGCGCAAAAAGAUUCGUGUCAGCUGCGAGAUACAUUGAGACCCUGGUAGUCGCUGACGCUUCUUUGACACGCUUCUAUGGAGAUGAGAUAAAGCACUACCUUCUGACAGUGAUGUCCAUGGCAGCACAGAUCUAUGUGCAUCCUAGCCUGAAAAAUGCCGUUAGUCUGGUGGUAGUGAAGAUGGUGUUUGUGGAGGAUGAGGAGGUGGGACCUGAGCUUUCAAGCAAUGGUGGUGUUGCCCUGCGCAACUUCUGCAGGUGGCAACAAAUUUUCAACCCAGGCAGCCACAGACAUCCUGAACACUAUGACACUGCCAUCUUGUUCACUAGAGAGGAUAUUUGUGGAUAUAAGGAUUGUGACACUCUGGGUGUAGCUGAUAUUGGCACUAUGUGUGACCCCAAAAGAAGCUGCUCAGUUAUAGAGGACAACGGCCUCCAGGCAGCAUUUACUGUGUCACAUGAACUCGGCCAUGUACUCAGCAUGCCACAUGAUGAUUCUAAAACCUGUGAGAAGUUGUUCGGGCAUCUCAAUGGACAUCAUAUGAUGGCUCCUUUCUUUAUCCACCUCAACAAAACACUUCCCUGGUCUCCAUGUAGUGCACUCUUCAUCACAGAGUUCUUCGACAGUGGCCACGGUGACUGUUUGCUGGAUCCACCCGAGAGGAACAUCCCUUUACCCACUGACCUCCCCGGCCAUACGUUUGGUCUGGACCGGCAAUGCCAGCAGACAUUCGGGGACGAAUACACUUACUGUCCCAAUGCCCCUGAAGAUCAGAUGUGUGCACAGCUGUGGUGUCGAGAAGAAGGAAAGAUACAGUGCACGACCAGGAAUGGAAGCCUCCCCUGGGCUGACGGUACUUCAUGUGGAGAGGACAGGAGAUGCCGUGAGGGUCUGUGCCUGUCGAGUGCACUGGAGGAGGCAGGAUACAAGAAGGUGCCAGUCAAUGGUGGAUGGGGAGAGUGGGGCCCUUGGGGGCCGUGCUCACGUUCAUGCGGUGGGGGUGUGGAGUUUUCUCACCGUGAGUGCACUGCUCCAGCGCCGCAGAAUGGGGGAUCGUACUGUGUGGGACAGAGGGUCAAAUACCAGUCCUGCAAUACUCAGACAUGCCCAGAGGAACAUGGAAAAAGCUUCAGAGAGGAGCAGUGUGAAAAGUAUAACAGUCACCGUUACAUGGACACUCAAGGAAACAUGAAGCAGUGGAUCCCCAAAUAUGCCGGCAUCUCUCCACGAGACCGCUGCAAACUCGUCUGCCGAGCCAAAGGGAGCAAUGAAUUCAAAGUUUUUGAAGCCAAGGUUGUGGAUGGCACCACCUGUGGGCCAGACACCACAUCUAUCUGUGUUAAGGGCCAGUGCAUCAAAGCCGGUUGUGACCAGGUGAUAGGCUCCGGUGAAAAGCUGGAUAAGUGCGGUAUCUGCGGAGGUGAUGGUACCACCUGUAGGAAGAUAAGUGGCUCACUAAACAAAGCUACCAUUGGCUACAUUGAUAUAGUUACCAUCCCGGCUGGGGCGACUAAUAUUGACAUAAAACAACGCAGUCAUCGAGGCAUCGCUCAUGAUGGUAACUACUUGGCGAUAAAGACGGAAGAUGGAACCUACAUCCUGAAUGGGAAUUUCUCAGUGUCUAUGGCAGAGCAGGACAUCCCAGUGCCUGGCGCUGUGCUUCGCUACAGCGGCUCUUCCACCACCUUGGAGCGACUCCUCAGCUUUCACAGACUUCUGGAGCCCAUCACCAUCCAGCUGCUGUCCACCGCUGGGGAGACCUCUCCCCCUAGGAUCAAGUAUACUUUCUUUUUGCCGAGGGAUGUGCCAUUUAGCAAGCCUGGCACAGAGAGUAGAAUUUCGCCACAUGUCAUCUUGCCUUUUGGGGGAGCUGAGUGGGUCCUGGGUGAAUGGUCUGAGUGCUCCAAGAGCUGUGGUGCUGGAUGGUCCAGGAGAAGCGUGGAGUGUAGAGAUGGGGAGGGAUCCUUGUCUUACCUCUGCGAUGCCGACCUGCGACCGGCAGACAUAAGGCCCUGUGGGGAUUUGCCCUGUCCUAUGUGGCAAAUGGGGCCAUGGUCAACAUGCUCACAGACUUGUGGUGUCGGACAGCGCCACCGCACCGUAGUCUGUGUGGACUACACGGGCAAGGUUCUAGGGCAUGAGAAGUGCAACCCAGACAAGAGGCCAGAGGUAGCUGUAGGGGAAUGUUUUUACCAGGACUGCUAAAGCUGACAUUAUGUGGAGUAGUAGAGAAUGAGAAGGUGGUGGGAUCCGUUGUGUCUCUAGUGACUGAGAAACAAGCAAAGAAGCUCUCGGGGGAUUGAGCAUUAGAUUGGAGAUGACCUAUCAAGCAUAACUAGGACAUUUGAUAUGAAAUAAUAUUAUAAUAUGGUUUAAUCUAAUUCUCUGUCUACUAACCACAAAGGUAACCUCCCACGGAGAUCUACCUCAGUCAAUACAAGCUUCAUAUUGUUCAUAGUCGUGUUGGAAAAAAAUUGCACAAACCUGCUGAAAUUCUGUUCAAAAUAAAUUAUUCAAGUCAGAGAAUCCACCUUUCUAGAAUUGUCCACAACGGACUGCAUUUAGUAUUUUUAUACAUGAUAGACUAAUUAAUUUCUCACAUUUAUUUGAAUUGCCAGUUUUGUAGCAUUGAGUCUGUUUCAUAUUAUAUCUAUUACUUUUAAUACUGGUAUCUCUUUCAGAUUUUUCAAAUUACAACACUGGAGUAAACAAUAUUUGGAAGUACAGUCCAUUACUGGUUAUACAAUAGGUGUAUGUGAACAACGUACACAGAUAAGAGCUGUUGGAAUAGAUACAAAUAUGCUGAUUUUACCUUUAAAAUGUUGCCUGGUUAUGACUGUUGAUUUGGAUGAAUUAUUUUAGUUUGUAAUGAAGAAUCAAUGUGUAAUUGCAUUUCCCUCACACUGUUGGUUUCUCUGUACAUAUAUUCAGCCAGUAGGCAACAAGCUAUGCCAGUCUGAGAGCAACAGUGUAAAGACUGCAAAGUGUGCCUUAAAUGAAUAAUUUUUUCUAUUGGCAUCCACUGGCUGACAUUAAUUAAAUGGGAUCAUUUAAUAUAACCGAUACUGCCAUAUGUGAGUUUACAGGAGAAAAUAAUUUAUUUGCUAAAUGUUCAUUUAGAAGUGGAUAAUUGCUGAAUAUUAUUGGACACACGUGCCCUCAAGAUAAUUGCAAUGAUUACUAGGGCACAAAAAAGAGAAAAGACAUUUCCUGUGAAAGACACAUUGAGAUUGCAUUGCAUUUGUUUUUACUUAUCAUUAGCUUUAGUUGACACUGUAUAAAUGCAUUUAAAAAUCUAUCACCCACACACACAUUAUAUGAAUGAAGAGGAAAAAAAAUCUGAAUGUGUUAAUAAAUGUUCUUUUAUUUAAUGAAACAAUUAUAGGUAACAGUUUGUUUACACACAGCAGUUCUGAGCAGACAUGGCUGAUAUUUCUGAAAAUUUCCCUUUAGCCAGAAGAGCAAAGACAUUAGUCACAGAAGCUAUUUCACAUAUUGCAGAAUUAAAUUUAAUUUUAAACCUGCAAACUGUCUUAGCCUGUAAUGUAAUUGAGUAGACCCUGUAUAAAAAUUUGAAAAUAUGAGAGAAAAGAUUUGCAUUCCAUUUGAGUCAAAAUCAUGCAAGUUCUAAAAUGGUGCAUAUUUGAAACUAAAGCAUUCUAUCCCUUCAAUGAAGGUCUGCGCAAUGCUAUUUUUAUAGCUUCCUUAUACAAGCUAUUUAUUUUUUCUACCUUUAACAACUGUUUUUUUUUUUCUUGAUGCUGAUGUCUGUCUUAUAAAUCAUUGGUGUAUGAAUUUAAAUCAAUUUAAUAUGUGUCUACAAUAAAAUUUGUUCUUG